CCUCCUCUUCCUCCUCCACCACGUCCUUCGUCCCUUCCCCCUGCGCAAGGUGACAGGCAUGCUCAACCUCUCCUCCAAGACCCAUGCGGUCAAGCGCUCUCUCCAGCGGCUGGCCGCCGGCAUGGCCACCGCUGCUGAGCCCAUCGGUGCGACCAAGGUCCCCAUGUCCAACCUCGAACCCAACGCGUACAUCAACUACCAGCGCAUCGAGGACAACCUCGCCAUCGUCCGCGACAGACUGAGACGUCCUUUGACGCUCUCUGAAAAGAUUGUCUACGGUCAUCUCGACGACCCGCAUCACCAGGACAUUGAGCGCGGCACGAGCUACCUCAAGCUCCGCCCUGACCGCGUUGCGUGCCAGGAUGCCACCGCUCAGAUGGCAAUUCUCCAGUUCAUGUCUGCAGGCAUGGACACCGCUGCCGUCCCCACCACCGUCCACUGCGACCAUCUUAUCGAGGCGCAAAUCGGUGGUAUCAAGGAUUUGGCACGCGCAAAGGACAUCAACAAGGAGGUUUACGACUUUUUGGCGACUGCCACGGCUAAGUACGGUCUUGGUUUCUGGAGACCCGGCUCCGGUAUCAUCCACCAGAUCAUUCUCGAGAACUAUGCCUUCCCCGGCGGUCUCAUGAUUGGUACGGACUCGCACACCCCUAACGCCGGUGGUCUCGGCAUGGUUGCUUGCGGUGUUGGUGGUGCCGACGCGGUCGACGUCAUGGCUGGUCUUCCCUGGGAGUUGAAGUGCCCGAAGGCCAUCCAGGUCAACCUCAAGGGCAAGAUUGGCGGCUGGACUACCCCCAAGGAUGUCAUCCUGAAGGUUGCUGGUAUCCUCACGGUCAAGGGCGGUACCGGCGCGAUUGUCGAGUACACUGGCUCUGGUGUCGAGUCUCUGUCUUGCACUGGUAUGGCGACGAUCUGCAACAUGGGUGCUGAGAUCGGCGCGACGACCUCGCUCUUCCCCUUCAACCAUCGCAUGGUCGACUACCUCAACGCUACCCGCCGCGAGGACAUCGCCAACUACGCCAAGCGCUUCCAGCACAACCUGAAGGCUGACGAGAACGCGGAGUACGACCAGACCAUCGAGAUCGACCUGUCCGAGCUCGAGCCCCACAUUAACGGUCCCUUCACCCCCGACUUGGCCACUCCGAUCUCGAAGUUCGCGGCUGAGGUUGAGAAGAACAACUGGCCCGCCGACCUCAAGGUCGCGCUUAUCGGCUCUUGCACCAACUCGUCAUAUGAGGACAUGACUCGUUCCGCCUCCAUUGUCAAGGAGGCGGCCGACCACGGCCUCCAGACCAAGAGCAAGUUCACCGUCACCCCCGGUUCCGAGCAGGUUCGUGCCACCAUUGAGCGCGACGGUGUUAUCAAGGCUUUCGAGGAUGCCGGCGGUCUCGUCCUUGCCAACGCGUGCGGUCCUUGCAUCGGUCAGUGGGACCGUCGCGACGUCAAGAAGGGUGAGGCCAACUCGAUCAUCACCUCCUACAACCGUAACUUCACUGGCCGUAACGACGCGAACCCCGCCACCCACGCUUUCGUCGCCUCCCCCGACGUUGUGACCGCGAUGGCCUUCGCUGGUGACCUCCGCUUCAACCCCCUCACGGACACCCUUACCGGCACCGACGGCAAGCCCUUCAAGUUCUCCGACCCCUCCGGCUUUGAGCUCCCCCCUCGUGGCUACGAUGCUGGCGAGAACACCUUCCAGGCGCCCCCUGAGGACCGUGCUUCCGUCCAGGUUGCUGUUUCCCCCACGUCCGACCGUCUCCAGCUCCUCAAGCCCUUCAAGCCUUGGGAUGGCAAGGCUCCCACCGACCUCCCGAUCCUGAUCAAGGUUAAGGGCAAGUGCACGACCGACCACAUCUCCGCCGGUGGCCCCUGGCUCAAGUACCGUGGCCACCUCGAGAACAUCUCGCAAAACUGCCUGAUUGGUGCCAUCAACAUCGAGAACGAGGAGGCGAACAAGGUCAAGAACCAGAUCACCGGCGAGUUCGGCGGCGUCCCCCAGACCGCUGCGUACUACCGCGACCACGGCAUCAAGUGGGUCGUUGUCGGCGACCACAACUACGGCGAGGGUUCGUCGCGCGAGCACGCUGCGCUCGAGCCGCGCUUCCUCGGCGGCCUCGCGAUCAUCACCCGCUCGUUCGCGCGUAUCCACGAGACGAACCUGAAGAAGCAGGGCAUGCUCGCCCUCACGUUCGUUAACCCCGAGGACUACGACAAGGUCCAGCCGUCGGACCGCGUCGACAUCGUCGGGCUCGAGUCGUUCGCGCCCGGCAAGAACCUCACCCUCGUGCUCAAGCACCAGGACGGCUCGAAGGAGGAGAUCCCGCUCGCGCACUCGUUCAACGAGGGCCAGAUUGAGUGGUUCAAGGCCGGCUCCGCGCUCAACCUCAUGGCUGCGCGCGCAAAGGAGAACAAGCAAUAAACGGUUGCAGUUCGCCCUGAUGCUGAUGCUGGCGUUGGAGGAGGCAGGGGCGGGGAUGAUGCUGGAGGCAGCAGUGGCAGCAGGCCGGCUGCUGCAUGGGAGGGCGUAGUGGUAGAUGUGGAGGCUGCGGACGAUUUCGAGCACCGUCGCAGAGACGGGUGCUGUUGCCCAGCCGUCGUCGCUCACACUCUCACUGUACGAUCGCACUCACGUCUACGUGUUUCUAAUGUCUCUCGUCUUCUCUUGUGUAAUCAACUAGCCUUUCCAUCGC